AUGCACGAUGACUUACUGCAUCAGGAGAGACCGACAAGGCUUCCUCCUGAUGCGACAGUUGCCUGCCAGGCUGUGGUGGUCUGUGUGGCCUCUCCCAAUGGUGCAAGGCCUGGUGCAACAUCCCACCGGGCUGUGCAGCAUCUCUUAAUGUGUCACGACCAGGGGCGACUUCACACCAGGCUGUGCUGCAUCGGGAGAAGUUGCACAGCCCAGGGCAACUUACCUCCAACUUACCUCAAGAUUGGGAAAACCAUCCCAGCAGAACUUGGGGGUUGUGGAGGCCUUGUCGAGGUGAUGCCCCUGUCUGAAAUCCAGGCCAUCCCUGGAUUUCAGACAGGGAUUGAACCUGGGACCUUAUGA